AUGCCCAAUCACGCCCCCAGCACCCUCACCCUCACCAUGCCCAAAACCGACCCCUCCAACUACCCCCUCAUUCGCGAGCUCCUCCAGCACUACCCCUCGUCCUCCAUCAGCGACACCCACCCCUCCUCAUGGCUCUCCGACCCGGGCGUGCUACAGGUACUGCGCUCCAACAUGCCGCCCGGGUACUCGGACCCCACGCUGCUGAGCCGCACGGGGCAGCUGCUGAUGUAUGGGUGCCCGAAGGCGAGCUGGCGGCAUUGUCUCGUUGUGGAGGGCCUACCCUGGGGGACGCUGAAGCAGGAUCUAGAGGCGCUGUUUGAGGUGCAUGAUAAUGUGGAACCACCAAUUAUCUUAGGGAACGAUAGGGCGUUUAUGGCGUUGGUGUACAUGAUGGGGAGCGAGGCGUGUGAGAUUGCGAUUACAGACCUGGACGGGGCAGUGGUUGGCGGAGAGGCGCCAUUGAGGGUGAGGUUUGCAGGGCAGACGGAUUUGGAGAGGGCUUUGAAAGCUCAAGGAAGGGGAUCGAUUUCUUAA